AAGGCUCCACCCCUAUUUUGGUACCACUUCCGAGACAUCACUUCAAGCAGGCGCCAAUAACAAGAGCCAGCUCCGCCUUCUGGAUCCGCUGGGCGCCUAGCUCCACAACAGAGUAACAAGCUCCCCCUAUAGGUCGCCACCAACUAAUAGGGAGUCCGCAAGCUAUGUGGUUGCUAGGCAACGAGAGUGCGGCCUAGCGGGCCCGGCCCUCGCUCAGGACCGGCGCCUCCAUCCGGGGCUCUCACAGAAGCCGCGCCUCCAUCCGGACACUGGUCCUUAAGGGAAGUAGGUCCGGCCCGCGGGUGCGGUUGGGCGUGGCCUUCGCAGAGUCCCUCCGCGGGCGGCGGCAGGCGCGGGCAUCCCGAGGCCAGGCGAAGGCGGACGGCGGCGUGAGGCUACCAGAAGUUUCCGGUGUCACUGGAGUCUUGUGGGUCUGUGGUAAGACCCAAAGGGCCAACAGCUGUUACUGUCGAGUUUUAAGAAGCUGUCAGAAGAUCAGAGAGGACCCCAGAAACGGUGACCAGGACUCAGGGAACAGCGGGUGCACGUCUAGGACCCAGCCCAGCAGCCCCCAGGGCCCCAGAGCGCGGGGAAGAGCCAGGAGCUUGCCGAGGUUCUGCAGCAGCCGACCUCCCCCGUGAAGCAGCUCCGCAAGCCCCAGGGCCGAGAUGUCCAGCCCGUUCCUGAAACAGGUCUUCCACAAGGACAAGACCUUCCGGCCCAAGCGCAAGUUCGAGCCCGGCACGCAGCGCUUCGAGCUGCACAAGCGGGCACAAGCAUCGCUGCAUGCGGGGCUGGACCUGCGACAGGCCGUGCAGCUGCCGCCGGGUGAGGAGCUCAACGACUGGGUGGCCGUGCACGUGGUGGACUUCUUCAACCGCCUCAACCUCAUCUACGGCACGGUGAGCGACGGCUGCACUGAGCGCUCAUGCCCCGUCAUGUCUGGGGGCCCCAAGUACGAGUACCGCUGGCAGGACGAGCACCGGUACCGCAAGCCCACGGCGCUGUCCGCCCCGCGCUACAUGGACCUGCUCAUGGACUGGGUGGAGGUGCAGAUCAACAACGAGGACAUCUUCCCCACCAACGUCGGCACCCCGUUCCCCAAGAACUUCCUGCAGGCCGUGCGGAAGAUCAUGUCGCGCCUCUUCCGCGUCUUUGUGCAUGUUUACAUCCACCACUUCGACCGCAUCGCGCAGAUGGGCUCCGAGGCGCACGUGAACACCUGCUACAAGCACUUCUACUACUUCGUCACCGAGUUUGGCCUCAUCGACACCAAGGAGCUGGAGCCACUGAAAGAAAUGACUGCUCGGAUGUGUCACUAAGGCCUAGCCAGCCUCAGAGACUCACAGAAGGGCAUCUUUGAGACUCCGAUGGCUUCGAUCACUCCAGCUGGGUGUCGUGGGGACUUUUGUUCCUUGCCGGCUGGCUGCACAGGGUUCUCAGAAGCCUGCGACCAUGGAUUCCUCCCUCUGUGGCUGCCUCAGCUCCCAUCUGCCCAGGAGGAGGCAGGACUUGAACUCCGGGCCCAAGUGUCCUCAAUGACCAGGAAACUGUGUCUGUGAGCACCCUCCCACCCAGGCUAUGGUGUCCCCUCCUCUGAGGACGUGUUGCCUACCGCCCAGGAGGGAGCCUGGCUGCCAUUCCUCAUCCCAGCCCAUUUCCGAAGAGGUACUGCUGGACCCCCUCGGGACCUUUGUCACCUGGUGUCCCUCUCUUGCCACCUCAGUUCCUUCAGCUGCCCCAGAAGCCUGGGCUCGCUCCACCUUGGGUCUGUAGACUCAGGCACUGAGCCUAGUGUAAUACUCCUGCCUCAGCCUUAUCUUGAAGCCCUCUUCACAUGUGAAUAAGAGAUUUAAUUUGUGGUAGCCUCAUUUAUAAGCAUCUUGACAUGUUCUUAAAAGUGUUUUAAAACUGGUUGUAGUGGCCCACACUGGUAAUUCCAACACUUGGGAGGCUGAGGCAGGAGGAUUGCCUAGAGUUCAGAGCCAACCUAGGCUACCUAACCAGACCCUGUCUCAAAAAAUACGGGUUUAUUUAAAACCAGUAAACACAAGCCUACUCUCUCUCUAGAGCUAUCUCCCUCCAUCACAAGGGGCCCAGGAAUGAAUUCCCUUGUGGAAAAUUCCCUCAUCCACCCUUGCCCAAGAAUUGCUGUACCCUGGGUGCCUAAAAACCUUCCGGCAAAAGCCAUUGUGUAAGCUGGUGUGGUAGUGCCUGCCUGUCAUCCCAGUGCUCUGGGAGGCGGAAGCAGGAGGUUCAAAAGCUGGAGCCCAGCCCCAGCAAUGUAGCAAUGUAGCAGGACCACAAAAACAAAACCCAACAAGAUAGCUGCUGUCUGCAUGGCCCCUGCUGGGCCAGAGGGUCUGACCCCAGUCUUCCCUUUGAGACCCCAAUCUCAGCCUUUGGGGGGCCGGGAGGGCGGGGCCCAGAGGGAGCCACACCUGGCCCAGCUGCUCCCCACAGGAGUCACCAGUGGCCUUUGACCCCAGCAGCCCUUCCCUGUCCGCACGCUGUACCUGACUAUGCAGAAUCCCUUCGUUUGUGGUGCCUGGGGUGCUUGCAGCUGUACAAGUGCAAUUAACACGGUGGCACAGCUGAGCACAGAGCUCUGGGGACCCAACCUCCGUCCCCCAGAAGUUACCAGGCAGCGCUCAGAGCCCCAGGACUCGGCUGACACAGCGGCCUGGCUGUGCCUCCUGGCUGCAGGACCACUCCAAACCUGCCGCCACCCCACCCCUCAACCCUGCUGAUGUCCCAGCAGCCCCUGGGGCUGCCCUGGGAGAGAUGCCCAGCUGUCCCUGUCCCCAGCACCUUGCUCCAUCCUGCCCCUGAAAAUACCGCCUCCCAACCUCACCCCAAACAUGCGAAUAAACUCCUUUCGGUACCAGG